AUGGAUGGUCUAGUUCAGCUGCAGAAGCAACUUGUUGAUUACACUGCUUCCCUUUUUCGUGAGGGCUUUCUAGAUGAUCAAUUUAACCAGCUUCAGCAACUUCAAGAUGAAAGUAACCCAGAAUUUGUGGUUGAAGUGGUCACUCUCUUUUUUGAAGAUGCGGAGAGGCUUCUUAACGAGCUCUCAAAAACACUGGAUUCAUCCUUCCCAAACAGAGGCCAGGCAAGCAUUGAUUUUAAAAAGUUGGAUGCUCAUGUUCACCAGUUGAAGGGUAGCAGCUCCAGCAUUGGAGCACAGAGAGUUCACAGUGUCUGCAUUUCCUUCCGAAACUCUUGCGAGGAGCAAAACGUUGAAGGAUGUCUUAAAAACUUGCAACAAGUGAGACAUGAGUAUUCCUUGGUGAAAACCAAGCUUGAAACUCUCUUCAGGAUGGAGAAACAGAUUUUGGAGGCUGCUGGAUAG